AUAGCGGAGCAGUUCAGCAGCACCACAUGGUCGGGCAUCGGGCCGGGCCUCAUGGAUGCUGUCGCCCUUGGUGCCGAAGCUGUCAACAGGCCAGUGGCGGGCUUUAAGAUAGUGUCUGAGGCGCGCCAAGCCCAGGCUGCCUUCGUGCAUCCCAGGCUGCCCCCUCACUCCUAUGUCACCUGCCAGUCCGUGUUAGCUCGCAAGCAAGGCUUUCUCAUGGCGGGGAGUCGAGCCACAGAGGCACAUGUGGCAGGCUUCAUUGCCCUGCCGGGCGGCGUGGGCACACUGGAUGAAAUUCUUGAUUUCCUGGCGCUGCGGCAGCUGGGAGUAGGGGCAGGGGCACCAGGCCAAGGUUCUCUGGGUGUGAGCUCGAGUCAGAGUGUGUCGAGGAAACGGACACAAGGACUCCCGGUGCCGUUUCUGCUCAUGGACUAUGAGGGCUGCUACCAGCCGUUGCUGGCCUGCAUGCAGGAAAUGCAGCAGUGGGGAUUGGUGGAUGAAGGGGAGGUGGAGUCGCUUUGGCAUGUUUGCACAAGUAAUGAUGAGGCCUUGGACUUCCUCCAUAAGUUUUAUUGCUGA